GGAGCACUUGACUCUCUUUAAUCUUAGUCAGACUUUGGACUGGUUGGUCAGGUUUAUUUAUAAACCAGGGACAAAUGACAAGAAUGUAUUUCACUGAUUGAAGGUAUUCAACCCACUUCUCAGCUACAUUAGACUUCUGAGCAAGAGGAGACAGCACUGAACAAAAGGAAUGGCUGGAGAAAAUACAGUCCUCUCUCUUGAGCUGAAAGAGAAAGAAGGCUUGGACAACAAUGGCUUUCUUCAGGCUGAGGAGCUGGAUGCCAAAGAAGCAGCUGAGGAAGGGUCACCAAGGGCUGGUCCUGUCAUCAUGGAAAUAGAAGCACAGGACGGAUUAACUCAGCAGCCUUAUGCAGGAAUGCCCAAAGAGGUGCUCCUUCAGUACUCCACAAAGGCAUGCUAUAGGAUUACCAGAGAGAUACUCUUCUGGUUGAUCAUUGCAGCUUCACUGGUGCUUGUGGCAGCUACGGUCACAAUCAUUGCCUUGUCCCCCAAAUGCCUUGAUUGGUGGCAAGCCAGCUCCAUUUAUCAGCUCUAUCCACGGUCAUUUAAAGACACGGACAAAGAUGGGAAUGGUGAUCUCAAAGGUAUCCAGGAAAAACUAGAACAUAUACAGUAUCUUAAUAUAAAAACUGUUUGGAUCACAUCUUUUUAUAAAUCAGCCCUAAAAGACUCUGGAUAUGGAAUAGAGGAUUUUGAAGACAUAGAUCCAAUCCUUGGAAGCAUGAAGGAUUUUGAAGAUCUGGUUGCAGCAAUCCACGAUUGCUUCAAAUGCUACUGUUUCUGAACCAACAUUUUGAUUGCUAAGCAAGAGUAUUGUUAAGUGAGUUUCAUCACAUUUUACAAGUUGGCCAUGCCCCCCAGUCACAUAGCUGGCAAGCCACUCCCACCUGGUCACAUGAUGAGCAUCUUGGGAAAUUCCAGUUGGCAGUAUGAUACUGUGAGGAACCAAUGUUAUUUUCAUCAGUUUGGAAAAGAACAGCCAGAUUUAAAUUUUCGUAAUCCUAAUGUUCAGGAAGAAAUGCAUGAUAUUAUUCAGUUUUGGCUUGGCAAAGGAGUCGAUGGAUUUAGCAUCAGUUCUCUUAAAUUCCUCUUAGAAGCAACACAUCUGAGAGAUGAGCCACAAGUGAAUAAAAGUCUCCCGCCGGAAAACAUCACAGCUUAUUCUGAACUGUAUCAUGACUACACCACGACCCAAGUCGGCUUGCAUGAUAUAGUCCGCAGUUUUCGGCAUACCAUGAAUAAGUUCAGCAGUGAACCUGGUAGAUACAGAUUUAUGGCUGCAGAAACAAUUGAGAACAACAUUGAAGAAACGAUGUUGUAUUAUGGGACAUCAUUUAUUCAAGAAGCUGAUUUUCCUGUAAAUUUUCACCUCAAGAACUUGGAAUCAGUUUCAGGAAAUGAUAUUUCUGAAAGUAUAGCUUUGUGGAUGAAGAAUAUGCCACAAGGAAAAUGGCCAAAUUGGAUGGUUGGAGAUUCCAACACUGCUAGAAUAUCCUCUCGGAUUGGAAAAGAAUAUAUAAAUGUCGUAAACAUGCUUCUUUUAACCCUUCCUGGAACACCUGUAAGUUAUUAUGGUGAAGAAAUAGGAAUGGAAGAUGCAACAUCAGAAACUGCACGUUUUCUAGAAAAAGCCCCAAUGCAAUGGGAUGACAGCCUUCAUGCUGGCUUUAGUGAGGGCAACUCAACAUGGAUAGCAGUAAAUCCUGACUAUCGAAAUAUAAAUGUGAAAAUUCAACAAAAUUACCCAAAUUCCACACUCAAUUUGUACCGAGAACUCAAUUCCCUUCGGUCCAGUGAGCUUCCCAUUCACAGGGGAUGGACGUGUUACAUAUGGAAUGAUACCAAUGUCUUUGUUUAUGUAAGAGAACUUGAUGGGUUGGAUCAAGUGUUUAUGAUGGUUCUAAAUUUUGGAGUGGGAACCAUAACAAAUCUGCAAUCUUUGGUUCCUGGCAUUCCUUCAGAAGCUAAUAUAAAGCUAAGUACCAUUUUCAGUAACACUGGGAAAGUUGUAAACAUGAAAACAAUUGAAACGCAAAAAGGUGAAGGACUUGUAUUGGAAUAUAGGACAAGCAAACCACUCCAUAUGAUGGACAAUUUCAAAGAGAAGUGCUUCGUUGCAGAAAAGGCAUGCUAUUCCAGUGCUUUUAAUUUACUUUACACGUUCUGUUAAAUGUUAUUAUUAAUUAGUCUAAAUCCAUUAGUUGAUGAUUACAUGUUACUUCUUUACAAAAGGUAUGCCAGCUUGUUCAUAAGAUUUCUAUAGGCUAGAUCUAAUUCUAAUGGGAGAAUAAUUAAAAAAUUAACUCUCUCUAGUAGUUACAAUGUACUGUUUACUGUGCUUAGCUUAAAUGGUUGCUUGUAAAAUUACUUUCCUAUUAAUUGUAAGCUUUUUGAGAACAAUUCUAGCUGGCUUUCCUAGUUCCUCCAAUUCUCACAUUCUGUAAAAUUGUGUGUUUCUAUUAAAUAUGUACCUUACA